AUGCUCCCGGUUGAGGAUGUUGCUGCCAGCCCUUGGGGCGUUGGCCUCUUCCUAGCAUGCUGUGCGACGAUUGCUUUCGUGGGGUUUUUGCUGGCGUUGAUGGAGGAGAGCCCCAAGGCUGGCUACUCCAAUGCUCCCACGUCCCACCUCAUGGAGUGCGCGGACUCCACGGACUUGCUCUUCUCGGACCUCUUCUCAGACGGCACCGGCCUGGGACUCUUGGAACCAUUGUGGCGGCUCUUCACCCCAGAGGGUGCUUUGUGGACGCUGCUUACUGGCUGGGAUCCUCGAGACCAUGCCUCCUCGCUGGGUCUCUCUGGCAUGCUCGAGGCAGUGGCCAGCCUCAUUGCCACAGCCCUCACCCUCUUCAACCAUGCUAUGGCAGCCCUGCUCAGGCUUUUGUGUCCUAGCCGCCGCCCUAAAGCGUCCAAGGGUGAGAAGGACAAAGCCAGCACAGCACAUGAGAAGAUUCAGAUGACCUUCCUUCAGGAAGCUCACGCCUACUUCGGAUAUGUGCGCCUCUUCUGCCUUGGUCUCAUUCGGGAAUAUAUUGUGCGGGCGUGUGCCUUCUUCCUGAAGGAUGAAAUUUGUGUCCGGUACAUGCAGCGGGAGAAGUGGAGUGUUGGCUGGACGGAUUUCUAUCUGCAGCAUAUGUACAAGCUCUAUGUGGAUUGCUUUGCACGACCCAUCGCCUCUGCCCCUGAUGCAGCUGUUGAUGUUGUGAUUAGAGAACGAGCGGGUGGAGACUUGUUCGGCCCUCUCAAUGACCUGAAGCUCACGAAGAACACUCGCAAGUGCGUGAACCUUUCCUCCUACAACUAUCUUGGCUUUGGUGGUGUCGAUGAGUUCUGCACUCCCGUGGCACGAAAGGCUGUGCGGGAGAUGGGCUGGUCCACCUCGGGAACCCGUACAGAAGGUGGGACCAAGGACAUCCAUCGUCAGCUUGAAGAUGAGGUCGCCGCGUACCUGCAGAAGGAGGAUGCCUUGGUGCUGGGAAUGGGCUUCGCCACCAACUCCACCAUCCUUCCGGCUCUGUUUGAGGCAAAUGCGAACGGCAGUGGCAUUUUGGUCCUGAGUGACGAGCUGAACCACCGCUCGAUUGUAGAAGGCGUGCGCCUCUCUGGUGCCACAGUGCGCGCCUUCACCCACAACGAGAUGACUGCCUUGGAAGGGGAGCUGCAGAAGGCGGUGGAGAAGGGCCAGCCAGGCAGUGGAAAGCCGUGGCGCAAGAUCUUCGUAGUGGUGGAGGGCAUCUACUCAAUGGAAGGAGACUUCUGCCGCUUGCGCGAGAUCGUGACCAUCAAGAACAGGUACGGAGCCUACCUCUACCUGGACGAAGCUCACUCCAUCGGUGCGGUGGGUGCCACGGGACGAGGCGUCACUGAGCUGCUGGGCGUUCCCACCUCGGAGGUGGACAUCAUGAUGGGCACCUUCACGAAGUCCUUCGGAAGUGCCGGAGGCUACGUCGCAGCCUCGAAGGAAGUCAUCGCCGCUCUUCGUCGGGGAGCGCCAGGAAGCGUGUUUGCCGGUGGCAUGGCGCCGCCCUGCGCAGCCCAGGCUUUGCAGGCUCUCCGCGUCAUCUCUGGCAAGGAAGGUGGGGACACCGGGGCACGGAAGCUCGCGGCUAUCAAGGAAAACGCGAACUAUUUCCGUGAGGAGCUGGGCCGCCGUGGCUUCAAGGUUUUGGGCGACGUGGAUUCUCCGAUCAUCCCGGUGAUGCUGCACCACCCCUGGAAGAUGGGCGCCUUCUCACGACGCUGCCUGGACCGCGGCAUCGCUGUGGUCGUUGUGGGCAACCCCGCCGUGCCCAUUCUCUACGAACGCGUGCGCUUCUGCAUCUCGGCGGCGCACACCAUUCCGCAGCUGGCUGAGGCCAUCACUCAAAUCACUGCAGUGGGCCGAGAACUCGGCGUCCUCUUUGAGUUGGCGACCUCCAAGCAGGAGUUGGAAGCCCGAGCGGCAAAGGAUCAGCAAUACGCUUCCUGGCUCCGCAGUGCACCGCUGACCAAGAGGGUCGAUGCCACGCCCGCUUGCCAGUGGCGGGCCGAGGCGCUGUCGCCGGCAGUGCCCGCCGAGGGCAGCUUGCUGGCCUCCUUGCAAGAGGCCUGUGCCCGACCUGAGGAGGUCGUGCCGGCCAGCCACGAGUUCCGGCUCAUGGACCCGCUGGGUUAUGCGGCCUCGCCACUGGAGGCAGCCUUCCAAGCAACAGAGGCAACGAUGGACCACUACGGCUUUGGAGCCUGUGGUCCCCGUGGCUUCUAUGGCGGUGCGCUCCCGCACUUGGAGCUGGAAACGGUGAUUGCCCAACAUCUCGGAUGUGAGUCUGCCAUUGUCUACUCUGCUGGAGUCACCACCGUCUCAAGUGUCAUCCCAGCUUUGGUGCAGAACGGGGACAAAGUCAUUGUGGAUUCCGAGGUGCACCUGGGAUUCCGCGCUGGCCUCCGUCUCUGUAAGGCUGACGUGACCUGGGUUCCCCACAACGACCUGUUCUCCAUCGAGCGGGCGCUGGCGGCGAAAUCCACCAGGAGCCUGGAGAAAGGAAAGGACUCCAAGGAGUCCCGACGGACUUUCAUCAUGGUGGAGGCCAUGAACCAACGCACCGGGCAGCUGGCACCGCUAGCGGAGCUCGUGAAGCUGAAAGAGAGAUAUGGAGCCUUGUUGGUGCUCGACGAGACCCUGUCCUUUGGCUGUUUGGGCGAAACCGGCCGGGGUCUCACGGAGCUCCAAUCGAUCCCUCCAAAGCAGGUGGAUGCGAUCAUGGGCUCGCUAGAGCAUGCCGCCGCAGGGGUAGGCGGCUUUUGUGCUGGCCGGCGCGGUCUAGUUGACCACCAGAGGCUCGCAGGAGCAGGCUACUGCUUCUCAGCGUCGUGCCCUCCGUCGGCAUGCUCCGCGGCAAUGGCCACCGUGCACGACCUGGCUUCUGCAGAAGGCAAAAGCCGGCGUCAGCGAUUGCAGGCCGCUGCAGCAAAGCUGCACCUAACUUUGGCCUCGAUUGCCCAAGAAGACUCUCCAGUGGAACUGCUGAGCAGUUCCGAAUCCUUUGUACAGCAACUUCGGUGGAAGCACGACGACGCAGAACAGCAGCUCAUGCGCCUUAGCCGGGCCCUCGCCCAGGACGGGUUGCGAGCGCAGGUCUGCUCGCCGAGCUUGUGCGGCUCAGAAGGAGCCUUCGAUGCUCGGCUGAAGGCACCCGCCGAAGCCGCAAGGUCCGCAAGCGACAUGACCCGUGCAUAUUUUGCUUCCAAGCGGUGCAAGAAGCGCAUGUCCCUUCUUGCUGUGCUGCGUGCUGACGCCCCUGAGACCGCCCGGAAGGCCAUGGAGCUGCUGGUACAGGACCAGCCUCUUAUGGAGCUUUCGGCUGUGGGAGACCUCGUGGCGGGCUCAGUGCAGUGUAAAGCACAAGUUCCAGGGGCAAUUGGAUGCAAGAAGCAGUCGGAUGUCAUGCGCUUCUUUGCGCGCCUGCGCAAUUGGGAGUUCCGUCAGCUGCCGGCGGUGCACCGCUGCACUCGCCCCACGCGCCCGGACAAGGCGCGAAAGAUGGGCUACAAGGCCAAGCAAGGCUACUGCGUCUACCGUGUGCGAGUGAAGCGCGGCGACCGCAAGAAGCGAGUUGCCAAGGGCAUCGUGUACGGCAAGCCGGUGAACCAGGGCAUCAACAAGUGGAAGGCAGUCCGGAAUCUGCGCAACAUUGCAGAGGAACGUGUGGGCCGCAAAUGCGGAAGCUUGCGUGUGCUGAACUCCUACUGGGUAGCCCAGGAUGCGGUGCACAAGUGGUUUGAGGUGGUCAUGGUGGACCCCUUCCACAAGACCGUCCGUGAUGACCCGCGCAUCAACUGGAUCUGCAAGCCAGUGAUGAAGCACCGCGAGCUGCGAGGUCUCACGGCCGCCGGCAAGAAGGCCCGUGGCCUGCUCAAGAAGGGCAAGCGUGCCACCAAGCUCCGCCCCUCUUACCGCGCUGCCUACCGCCGCCACUCCCUUAUGCGCCUGCGCCGCUAUCGCUAG